CCUGUGCGCUAGCCUAAUGUUGAAAACAAGCGCAUCCAAUUUGCAAUCAGAAUAAUUGGACAGGUACCUUAGGGCGGGCGGGCCGAAACCGAAACUCGGAAGCUAACUGUCGACCACAGUCUACGCUAAUAAAAUGGCAGGAGGAUUGGUUGAUGUGUUUGCGGAGGACUCUGAAAGUGAUGUAACAUUUUACGGGUUUUCUGACACGGAACUAAGCGAUAAGGAUUCAAAUUUUGAGGAUGAAGAUGAAGCCCAGCCUGACCUUUCCCCCAAGAAGCAGGAAGCCACAUCUAAACCAGCUGCUGGUGCCAAGCCCUUCAGGCUGAGGGUGGUACUCCGCUCCACUCCCUCUACCCAGCAGUCCAAAGACGAUGAGGAGGCAGCGGAGGAAGAGGAGAGGACGGAAGAGAGAGCGGCGGGAAAGACCAGUCAGGCAAAGAAGGAGAGACGUGUUAAGUUUGAGGAUGAAGAGACAGCAGUGGCUCGGCCAUCGCACUGCGAGGAGCCUGGAUCUGAUUCAGCAGAAGAUGUGUUGGAUUCUUUCCUGGCCAAGAGAGAGCAGAACAUCAAGGCCAACAAAGCAAUGCUGGCUCAGCUGAUGGCAGACCUGCAGAAAAUGCCAGGGGGCGCGGGUUUAUUGAAAAAACAAGCAGGCAAACAGAAGACAAAAGAGAGAAGCUCUCGUCCACCACGCUCUGGUGCAGCCCGAGGAGAGUCCAGGAGGAACCCAGAGCGGCCGUCCCGCAGACAGACCCGCUCGAUGGGGGGAAGUGAGGAUCCUUCGGCCCCCCAGGAGGAAGAACUUGAGCUCAGCUUAGAGGAGGAGCUGCUGGAGGUACGCCGAGCGCCACAGCGCCGUGGCAACCCGCGGCCUAAUCAGUGCAAACCUCACUUUAUCCGUCCUGUCGAUGACAUCACAGAGGAUGAGCUCCAGCUGGUCGCAGACAACAUGACUGAUAAAGUCUACAACAGGGCCACAGGCUCGACGUGUCACCAGUGCCGCCAGAAAACUGUUGACACCAAGACGUGCUGCCGUAGUGAGGACUGUCGUGGGAUUCAGGGUCAGUUCUGUGGGCCGUGCCUGAGGAACAGAUAUGGAGAGGACGUCAAGAAGGCGCUGCUCGAUCCGGAGUGGAAGUGCCCUCCCUGUCGAGGCAUUUGCAACUGCAGCUUCUGCCGCCAACGUGAUGGCCGCUGCCCAACUGGCAUCCUGUUCCCCCUGGCUCAAUACCACGGCUUCUCUGACGUCCACUCCUACCUCACCAGCCUCCGUAACAAACUGAAGAGUGAGGACGAUGUAGAGAUGUGAUUUCAACAGUACGGGGACCGAUUGUUCAAACUGUUUUUAGUUCUAGUAGAACAUAACACAACCUGUGAUUUUAAACAAAUAAAGUAUUUUUGGGCAGCUGA